AUGAAGCAAUUAUGUAAAGAAAAUGACAAUGCAAACACGAUUAUUCCUUUAAUUACCUAUUCACAGAAACUAUGUGAGGGAAUUCUAAACAUCCUUGAAAAAGACACAAAAACUUCAUGUCAAGUUGCCUGCCUGGAGGCCCUCCGGAUUCUCUCCAGGGACAAGAAGGUUUUAGUGCCUGUAACCACGAAGAGGAACAUGCAGAUCCUUAUGAGGCUAGCAAAGCUGGACACUGAGGAAGAUCCUUUGGAGAGAGUAUCUGAAUUUCCUGUUAUAGUAGAAGCUUUAAAAUGCCUCUGUAACAUUAUUUUUAAUAGUGCUGUUGCACAGAAGCUCAGUUUGGAACUGAAUCUUGCGGCUAUGCUCUGCAAUCUUCUGGAAAAAUGCAAGGACCAACAGUUUGUUGGUGACAUUAAAUGCUUUGAUUUGCGUCUGCUCUUCCUCUUGUCACUUCUGCACACAGAUAUCAGAUCGCAGUUGCGUCAGGAACUACAAGGGGUGCAAGUUUUGACUCAGGCUUUGGAAAGUUCCCUGAGUGUAAGGUGGACAGAAGAAUAUAAAGCAGCAGAAGAUCGUGACAGGCCUCCUUUAUCUUUGCAAGAGACAGAUUGUGCCAUUGAGGCACUAAAGGCUCUUUUUAAUGUAACGCUUGACAGCUGGAAUGUCCACAGCAAGAAUGAAUCUCAUCAAUUUCGUUACAUGGCUGCCAUCCUUCGACACUGCUUAUUAACCACGGGCCCUACUGAAGACAAAACUGAAGAGUUGCACAGCAAUGCAAUCAACCUCUUAAGCAAUGUUCCCGUUUCUUGUUUGGAUGUUCUUAUUAAUCCAUCAUCCCAAGAGGAAACAGAUAUAAAAUACAAUGGUAUGAAUAUGGGAGCGAUUCAAAUUUUACUGGAUUUCAUGGAGAAGAGAAUAGACAAGGGAAGCAGCUAUAGAGAAGGUCUGACUCCAGUUCUCAGUUUAUUAACUGAAUGCUGCCGAACUCAUAGGAAUAUCAGGAAGUUUAUCAAAGCUCAGGUAUUGCCUCCAUUAAGAGAUGUAUCAAAUCGUCCAGAAGUUGGCACAACAGUGAGAAACAAGCUUGUGCGCCUUAUGACACAUGUUGACCUUGGAGUAAAGCAAAUUGCAGGAGAAUUUCUUUUUGUUCUUUGUAAAGAGAGAGUUGACAGCUUGUUAAAAUAUACAGGCUACGGUAACGCGGCAGGAUUGCUGGCAGCAAGGGGCUUGUUAGCAGGAGGAAGAGGAGAUCAUUGGUACUCAGAUGAUGAAGACACAGAUACAGAAGAAUACAAAUCUGCAAAGCCAAACAUUAACCUUAUCACUGGUCACUUAGAAGAACCAAUGCCCAAUCCAAUGGAUGAAAUGACAGAAGAACAAAAAGAAUAUGAAGCUAUGAAGCUUGUCAACAUGUUUGAUAAACUUUCCAGAGAUGAGCUUAUAAAACCAAUGGGAGUGCGGCCGGAUGGCACAAUGGCUCCUUUGGAAGAAGCAGUCAGCCAGUACCAUACCGACAAGCAAGACAGUUCAGAUUCAGACUAAAGCAUCACCUGCUUCACUCUCAAUUCUCCUCUAAUCCACACUUUUCCUUAAAGCCACGACAUCUUUUAUCUAGGCAUUUUAUCCUCACAUUAGCCAGCAUCACUUUAACUGUUCUGUUUUUGGGAUAUUUAAACGAUGGGUCCUGUGGUGUAAUGUCUGAAUUUUUAUUAUGUCUGUUUAAAGCACAUAUCAAUUUAUUAG